AUGGUGAGCCCUCAUCAUUCCACUCCAGCCUUGCAAGGCCAUCCACUCAGCGCUGGUAGCUGUACCGGAGCCCAAGAUGGAUCGACAGCAUCAUCUACGAAUAACCUUGUGGAUGGCCAUUCAAGCCAUGACAAGCAUGGGUCUGCAGAAAUGUGGCAUCCUACGCCUUCACUCACUGACUUUGUGGAUGCCGUGCAGAGUGCGCAUAAGAGGCUUGCAGAUCGAAGCACCUCUGGCAAGCAGGCCAGGAUGGAAGGGAAAAGUGCGGCUGCAAGCGCGCUGAGCGCCAUCCCGGGGUUGAAUUCGCUUUUGCAACCUCUCAAGCCAUCUGAGGGCACCAAAUCUCAUCAGUUCACUGGAGGACACAAGGGAGACUUCGCGAAAGGGGGUCGCUGA